AUUGCAGAUUCAAGUCAGGAGUUUAUCCCUGUCUAGACCUUACCUCCAUUCAAACCCCUUGCUCUUAUCAUUCCAAACUAUUACUACUACCCUUUCUUGAGAUGAAGCUGCUAUUUUACGGUUGUCUCGUCUGUCUUGUUGCUUCGGCUACAAGCGUAGUCGUAUCUAGACACGAGCUACAUGAAGAAUUCACUGCCAUCAACUCAAGCGCAAAAGUCUCGGUUGCCGCCGCAGAUCCCCUACUUGCUGUCGAUACACCGCCGCCCCCAGAGCACGACCCCAUAUGGAACAAGGCUUAUUGUCGUGGCGCUGCCCUCGUCCGAGCCAUGUCUCUCAACGAAGAAGAAAGCAACGCGAUGCUGCAAUGGCCUUACACACAGAGCCCAUGGGACGGCGACCUAAAGCCCGACCUGAGAAAAUGGGGUUGGCUCGAUGACGAAGAGGAGAAUGCAAAGGUUGACGAGCAAUGCGACUUUGAUGAGACGUUGAAGAUGAAGAACACUUUCGAUACUCUUGGUGUUGAUACACGAUCGGUAGGCCAGGGUGGACCGAAUCAUUGCUUCAGAUUACAGCAUAGCAAUGGACCUACGGUCGUUCUGGACAAGGAUGGGAAGAUGCCUUAUCUGUCUAGUCAGCGUUAUGUGGCGGAUGGGAAGACGUACAAGGUCACCGGUGCCCACAGUACAGUAGGUAUAAACCGCAACGACGGAAUUCUCUACUUCCUCAAUCGAAUCUCGCCCGAGCAAGCAGCCGCAGACCUCUGGAAUCUCAGGCUUGACCAAGUCGAUAAAGCUGACUUGCCGAGGAUACGCUCGAGUUCUGAUUUAGUUUGGGCGCUGUGGAACAGGGUUCCUGGCGAACCGAAGAUCAAAAUGAUUAUGGCUCUUCAGAUUGUCAAUACGCAAACGGCUGAGACCAUCAUACCGAAGGCAUUGGCGGCGGUGGGAGAGACUGAGCUGAAGAGAUGGCCGGGAACGGAAAUUGUUGUUGAAUCGGAUAAUGAGGCUGAAACUGAGGCUGCUCUUGCGCUUAUUGGUUCGCCAAAUGGGCUCGGCGCUGGCUACUUCCUUCUACAACACAAGAGGCAGCUCAGUGGCGCGAAUUUCAUUCAUAAGAUCACAAUAUUCAGGAAUGAUGGCGAUGAGUUUGAUGACGAGCCUAACAUCAUUUUUCAUGUUGAUAAGAAAAUAUCAGCGAUGCCGGAGCCGCCGAAUGACCUCCUGGUGCGCCGGAGAAACUGGCAGAGAAGGGUAGCGCGGUGGUUCGAGAGGGUAAGACAGUGAGGAGGAGUAGGAAUGGGGAGGAUUUGAUUAAAGAAUAUGUCGUUUGGGCAAAGCUUUGAUGGGGAAGAGGUAGCGUGUUGCAAGAGGCUGGAUGUGUUGCUCAGAAUUCCUUAAACCAGGCACCUUCACAUCAACACUGCUCACAUAUUACUAAUUCACGGACCAUUGCGAGAGAC